AUGGGGCGCCUUCUUCGUUUCUUGGGUUCUCUGUCAGUCUCGGUCACACUUGUAGGCUUAUCGCAAGCACAGGCAGCAACCCUGCCCGCUCCUGGGCAGCCGACUCAUACGCCUGUUCCCGGCUCUUUCGAAAUUAUUGGUAGCAGUUAUGUUAGUGCUCAACAGAUCUUUCUUGGGAAACCGGAUAAAGUAUAUUUCAUAGACAAGGUCGAGGGCAAUCCGACACUGAUCGAUGGUCAUCCUGCCUGGGCGUCAGAGUGGACUCUCGGAUCCAACACUCAGCGAGCAAUGGAUGCCGUUACGAACACUUUUUGUGCUGGAGGCAAUGUUCUGGGCAACGGGACAUGGCUCAACGUCGGUGGUAAUCAAGCCGUGACGUACGGGGGACAGCCCGCAUCCAACCAAGUCGGUAAUGGUGGUCCAUACUUCGAUCCCGAUGGCAGAAACUCCAUUCGGUUAUUAACCCCAUGCGAAGACGGAAGCUGUGAUUGGUUCUUAUCACCCUUCCAGACGCUCCAGCGCUGGUACCCAACGUUGGAAACUUUGGAAAACGGCACGAUGAUCAUCCUUGGAGGAUGUACUAAUGGAGGAUACGUGAACGAUGCAGGCCAAGAUAAUCCUACGUACGAGUUCUUUCCGCCUCAGGGACCAGCCAUACAGUCCCCUAUCCUUGCCCGAACGCUACCUGUUAAUUUGUUCCCACUAACUUGGCUUCUCCCGUCUGGAAAGUUACUGAUUCAGUCUAAUUGGGCCACCGCGACGCUGGACUACAAGAACAACAUCGAGACACCUCUCGACAACAUUCCAGAUGCAGUCCGUGUAUAUCCUGCAAGCGCCGGGAACCUUAUGCUUCCCCUAACGCCUGCUAAUAACUGGACCGCCACUAUUCUCUUUUGUGGAGGAUCCAAUAUUCAGCCGAAUGGAUGGACAGCACCUGGCUUUAUCAUUCCCACCUUCCCUGCUUCAACGUCGUGCGUUAGAUUGACUCCGGAUGUAUCGUCAUCGUAUACGGAAGACGACCCUCUUCCCGAAGCUCGUGUGAUGGCCAGCUUCAUCGCACUUCCUGAUGGCACAGUUCUGAACCUUAACGGUGCUGGCUUGGGUGCGACAUCUCUGUCCUUAUUCUUCGUCCGUGGGGAUCUAAUGACUGCCAUAGGAACGGCUGGAUAUGGGAAUGAUUCCUGGGCGAUUGGUCACUCCUACGCAGAUAAACCGGUGCUCACUCCAGCGAUCUACAAUCCAGCCACCCCUCCUGGGAGUAGAUGGUCCAGAAAUGGUUACUCCGCGAGCACCGUUCCCCGCAUGUACCACUCUUCUGCUACGUUGUUGCCUGACGGAUCCGUCUUCGUGUCUGGAUCGAACCCAAACCCCGACUACACUGUGGGACCGACUGUUACAUACCCCUCCGAAUACCGGACAGAAAUACUUUACCCUCUUUACUACAAUCAGAGGCGGCCGCAACCGCAGGGAUUGCUGGCUCAGUAUACAUACGGUGGACCGUAUUUCAACGUUCAGUUGAACUCUGAUGACUUUUUUGGGAAUGUUCAAAAUGUUCAGAAUACAUCGGUGGUGAUCAUACGGACGGGGUUCUCGACCCACGCGAUGAACAUGGGCCAGCGGUUUGUCCAGCUCAACUCCACCUACACCGCUUAUCGGCAAAACAACACCGCGACGUUACACGUCAGCCAACUGCCUCCCAACCCUGCUAUUCUCGCUCCUGGCCCCGCGUACAUCUUUGUGGUUGUCAAUGGGGUGCCUUCCAUUGGGUUGCCGAUCAUGGUGGGCUCUGGACAACUGGGCACACAGAACAUCCUUCCUGUGGCGGAACUAAUUCCGUCGAGUCUCGUUGAGCAGACGAACAAUACGAGCAAUGUUCAGUCUCCGAUCACGAAGACGUCUGGGACUUUUGUGUCUUCGUGUUCCACCCUUGCUUGGCUAUCAGCGGCUGGACUCUUCCUUUUCGUCUUGGCAUCGUAA